AUGGACGCUCGGCAGGGCAAAUCUUCCAUGAUCCGGCGGUCCAAUUCGAUGUCAAGUAGCAGUCAUCGCCGGCGGACACGAAGUAUCGAUUCGAGUCAAUUCCAAGCAGACGAAGUACCGCUAGAUGAAGACGCUGCGCGGUGGGCAGAAGUCAUCCGUCAACGGCGCUUGUCGAAGCGGAAAAAGGUCGAAGAUGAGGACGCCGUGAUGGUGGGAACGCGCGUUAGUGAGGGUCACACCAACUGGGUCACGGCUUACAACAUGCUCACGGGCAUUCGAGUGGCGACUUCGCGGUGCAAUGCCAAAGUGGACCGAGAAUUGACCGAUAUGGAUUUUGCUGCGCGGCAUAAGCUUACGUUUGAUCUUGCGGGCAACGAACUUACCCCUUCUGCGCGGUAUGAUUUUAAAUUCAAGGACUACGCUCCCUGGGUGUUCCGGCAUCUUCGCGCAGAGUUCUGCAUAGAUCCUGCGGACUAUCUUAUGUCCCUGACUGGCAAAUACAUCUUGAGCGAGCUGGGCUCCCCUGGCAAGUCUGGGUCCUUCUUUUACUUUUCGCGCGAUUAUCGGUUCAUUAUCAAGACACUUCACCAUGCGGAGCACAAAUUCUUGAGGCGAAUACUGAGACAGUACUACGAUCAUGUCAAAAAGUAUCCCAACACGAUGAUUUCGCAAUUCUAUGGUCUCCAUCGCGUCAAGACAAGCUUUGGCAAAAAGAUUCACUUUGUGGUGAUGAACAACCUCUUUCCGCCGCAUAUGGACAUUCACGCGACAUACGAUUUGAAGGGCUCUACGGUAGGGCGCAUUUUCUCGGAAGAGUCCAAGAAGAAGAACCCUCGCGGCACUCUGAAGGAUCUCAACUGGCUAGGCAACGAUGAGCGGCUCAAGCUCCCGUCAGCAAAGCGGCCCGCAUUUGUCGAGCAAUUAGAAGCGGAUGUCAAGCUUCUUGCUCAGCUCGGUAUUAUGGACUAUUCUCUACUUUUGGGCAUCCACAGAAUGAAAGAGGCAGCCGCAUUUUCGCCUCCAACGAGUCCCUUGGCUCUGCAAAAUGACAGUUCCAAUGGUGCACCACUUGUUCGGACGCCUUCUGUUUCUGGUCAAGCCUACCGUAGACGCGACUUACGGCGCAUGGUGACCCCACAGGGCUCGCCUAUUACCCUCGGACAGUUAAACGCUCAUGGCCCUCCUGGCCCUCAUACACGGACCAACAAUGUUGCAGGAAUCGAUCGCCAAUUGCAAGCUCCUCCACUGACAGCGAUUGCGUCCGAGUCAGAUAUUGGUAUCGUACACAGUGAGGGAAUGCGGCAUAAUCUGUUUUAUCAGUUUGAAGGUGGCAUACGCUCAGAAAAUUGUGAUGGUACACCUGGCGACGUUGUCUACUACCUAGGCAUCAUCGACUUGCUGACACGGUAUGGCACACGCAAGCACCUGGAGCACUUCUUCAAAGGUUUAGGAAAACCGGCCGAGUAUAAAAAGCAGAUCAGUGCAGUUCCGCCGCAGGAUUAUGCCAAGCGCUUCCGAGACUUUAUCUCUGCCAUGACCAAGAAGCCAAAUGAAAUUAAGGAAGGUCGUCUGAAGAGGACACCAAGUGCUGUAGCGCUGGACUCGGCGAUGCGCGAGCUCGAGCGUGAACACGCUGAUGAGCACUCUCAAGCGGCCGGUCCAGUGAUGUCUCCCGUCUUGCAACGCAAUCCCGAUAUUAUCCUGCCUGUGCUGGAAGAAGGUGCUCCUCAAUCGCCAACGACACAGGCGGGGCCAAAGUCACCGACUUCAAGCAAACGGCGCAGUCAGGAAUUGGCGGCUCCUGGCGCUCGCAAUUCGAACGAUGAUGAUGAGACUCAGAAAGAAUUGUAUUUGAAUGACAAGCCCAAAGUCGUCGGCAAUAGCCCUUCAGUCAGGACAGAAGCAGAUGUCAGCGGAGGAACGGAUAGCCAUGAUUCCGGACUUGCCUCGAGCUUGGAUUGUCUGCCAGAAGUACCGGAAGAGCCUUCACGAGAGUCCUCCAUCAAGAGGCCGACGAAGGAAGCAUUACGGAUCUUGACGCCUGCGAGUCCUCCGACUGCUCUGGAACUGGCGCCCGCACUCGAACGCGAUCCCCGGCUCUCUACAGAAACCCUGACCAAUGGCAAGACUCUACUAGCCACGUAUGAGCUCAAUGACAGCAAUGUGGUGCAGCAACCAACGCCUCCUCGAACACAAGCUACGUCUCCCGCACUGAGCUCCAAAAGAGUAUCAAAUAAAUCGCCCAUCAAGGCUGCUAGGCGGCAAGGCAUGCUCAUGGAGAAGGCUGAUAUUGCGUACGAAGACGAAGGCUUUGAAGACGGCGCGGUCAUGUCUCCGCGGCCUACAAAGACCAUCUUGUCGACAUGA